UCGAGAUAUAUAAUCCACAGGUGCAAUCGUCCCUGGAUUAGACUGCGUUAUUUUACACAUUUGAAAAUCUAUGUCUACGAGUUAUAUUCUAGCGUCACGGGGAUUGAUUACGAUACAUUUCGAUACUCUUGUCUCUCUGAUUAUGUACAGCCAACUCAUGAUGCUUAUGUACUACUAUGUAUGCCCAGGUGUAGGUACACUAUUGUACCGAGUAACUGCACAAGGUACCCCCGCUUUGAGCCGCCGGUGGCUUCAUGCGGCAAGAAAGUUCACUCGCCCCACCUCCAUCAAGAUAUCUUUCAUUCCACCUCGCAGGAACCAGACAAGUCAGCCUCAACAGGCCACCAAACCACAGAAAUCCACAGGACGACUCUAUAGAUCCACUGCAGAGAGCCAUUGGUCGAAAACAUAGGGGGGAAAGGAAGUUGUGAAUAGGAAAACAAGCUCCUACUGCCACUCCAUCUAGCGCCAGUUUUGAUAAGACACUUGGAUCUAGGCUAGGUAUCAGUUCGAGCCCGUUUGUACGACUGAGACUGAACUAUUCCGACCAACGCCCGACCAAGCCAUACCAAGCCAAGCUCGUCCGACAUUGACGCCGGAGAAUAACACAGCCAUGGCCCACGCAAUGCAGAAACCACACAUUGGACCCUCAUCGCUACAGAGCGAGCCCUUUAUUUCGAAAUGGUCAUCGCGCUAUCGUGGGGCCACGGUCCAAGACCUCGAACCCCCAGCCGCACUCUCCCUAAAUCCCAACGACCCCAUCUCCCUAGCCCUCGUCUCGGCCUUCGAGCGCGAAUACACGCAUCUCACCAUCGUCGACUCGGAGACGCGCGGUCUGCUGGGGUACAUCUCGAUCCCGUCGUUGCAAGCACAGCUCGAUUCGGGCGCCGUCAAGCCUGGAGACCCAUUGUCGCGCGCAAUGGUGCGCUUCCAGCGCAAGGGAAGACGGUACACUGUCAUCACACUCGAGACCCCGCUGGAGCAGCUUGAAGCCUUCUUCGAGGGCGUCGGAGACUCACAGGACCAGAAGCAGGAGUUUGCUGUCGUCACGGAUGAGGAUAGGAGAUUUGUCCUCGGCGUCGCGACGAAGUCGGAUCUUGAGGAGUUUGUGAAGAGAAGACCUGCGUAAUCCGGGAUGGAUUUGUGCGGGGGGUUCCGUCUGUUUCCGCCAUUGAUACCUGAGUGUGUUAUUGCACCCAUUUUGCGAUAAUCGGUGAGUAGAGGGUGAAAUUGCGUAUUUACCCAGGGAGGUAGGUAGGUUCUGACUUGGCCGCUCUCAGCAUCAAACAAACAAGAAAGCGGGCACAGAACCUAGUGAUAAUUGUCUUCAACUACAAGAAUGGCGUUUAUUGGAAGGGACCUUGAAGGCUGCUGCUUUUACAAAUAGAGCAUAUGAAAAGGAUCUGCUGGUUGGGCUUGGGCGUAUAUUAAUGAAUGUGCAUUUUAGCUAGCUAGAGCUGGGGUUUCAACAUUCCCACUAUGGAGACUAAUGAAUUCACGCCAAAAGGAUAGAACACGGGGUUAAAUCACAAGAACAACUAGUCUUCAAUACUAGGAAAGACGAUGAUAUGUGUUGUCGUGCUUGAUUUGGAUACUAUAACCGAUUCGUAUUGAGAAAUAACCAUAU